AGCGAGCCUGGACCGAUGGGAAGACCGACUGCUGCUGCAUAGAAACCGGCGUCAGCUGUUCGCGAUGAGCGCGGCUGAUGAGUGCAGCAGACGCUACAAUUCAACCAACAUGGGGCUGUGGAGCAAAUGCUACAGGGUGGGAUUUGACCCAGACAUCGAAGAGCUCAUACAAAAAGGAACUAUCGAGCGUUGCUCCUUUAUAAAGUACUAUUACUCCUCUACAGUGACGCGAAAGGAUCUUUCCUACAAUAUCACUAAGACUAUCCAGCAAGAUGAUUGGCAUGCCCUGCAUUUGCGUCGGAUGACGGCUGGCUUCAUGGGCAUGGCUCUAUCCAUCAUUCUGUUUGGCUGGACCAUUGGCAUUUUGGGCUGUUGCUGGGAGCAAGGCCUCAUGCAUUACGUCGCCGGUCUACUCUUCCUUAUGGGAGGUACCUUCUGCAUCAUCUCUCUUUGCACCUGUGUGGCCGGCAUCAACUUCGAACUGUCUCGCUACCCACGUUAUCUCUUCAGCCUUCCGGAUGAUAUAAGCCAUGGUUAUGGCUGGUCCAUGUUCAGUGCCUGGGGAGGACUAGGACUGACCCUCAUAGCUGGGUUCUUCUGCACCCUGGCACCAUCAAUUCAGCCUCCACCACCAUCCCGUACCUCCUGUCCUAAGUCUCGCAUGGAGAACGGAACGGUGUGCUAAAGCUUCACAUGACACUUUGUACAUUGACAUAAACAAACCUGUUCAUAGACUUCGCCAUGGGUAUUAAAAACACAGAGGCUGUUGAAAGACAUUUUGUGCUGGAAGGUGGCAAGCCAAGGCUCUCAAUUGAUGUGCAAAAAGAAGAAUCUGUUAUAAAAGCACAUUUGUACAGUUGUAUAAAAGCUUUCAUCCCGACAUGAGUUCAGCAUGUCCUUGGUGAAGCGAUUCUUGGUGUUUGUCUUUGUGUUCAGUAGACCGUGUUUGAAUUUCAAGAUGAAUUUACAGUUUCCAAGACCUUUCCGAUUGUAUAAUUACCAUGAACUUCAUUAUGUGCUGUAGUUGUUUUCAAUGUCAAUAAUUUUUUCAUUGGACAAUAAAAUGCCUCAUGUAAAAAACUACUGCUUCUACUCAAACUACACAUCGUCAGAAAAAAAGAGAGAAUCAGAGGCAAUGAAUACUCAAUUUUAUUUAAGAUUUCACUGUUCCAGAUCAGCAGAAAAGGGGUCAAUUCUUUUCUUUUAGCGCUUUAUUUUGUAUUAAAUGAUCUCAGCAGCAUGUUAAACCCAAAUGUUGGACUACAUUGAUUUUUUUCCUGAAAGAAUGAGUGAUUGCAUUUGAUAAAUACUGUUUAGUAUGGCCACACAUAUGAGAAAGAAAGAGUAGAAAUAAUUUGAAGGCCUUGGAAUGGCGGCAUGUUAGUUUGUGCCCGUCUUCACGCUUUCAACACUCAAUAUUAUCUGCAAUCAUGCCUUGCUUGACACGUCUCCUUUGUUUCCAUCCUUCCCAAGGUUCCAGACUCGAUUCCUGAUUCAUACCUUGUAUGAAUGGCUUAUUCUUUAGGCAAGCCAAUAAACGCUUCCACAGUGGUCUUUCUCGCUUCUCUUCAUGGGAAUGAAGUUACUGUAGACUUCAUGUAGCGGCAUGUCAGGUCUCACACCACCCUUGAAUCCAAAAUGGAUCCCAGCCUAAGAUUAGAGAAGGUACUACUCUGUGAUUAA